AUGGCCUCUAUUCGCGUUCUUUCCUUCGAUGCUGAGGGCCGUCCCGUGCAGUUCACUUCCUGGCUCGAUGACCUGCAGUUGUAUCUUAUGAGCAAUAGCACGGACCACAUCUCCCUCUAUGACUACGCGUCUGGUGCUGCCGCUGCUCCUGCUGCCACAGCCGAGCUUAGUGUACGUUCACAGUGGCAGACUCGUGACGCUGCAGCUCGCCUGGCUAUUCGCAGUCACCUGCCGUUAGCUGAGCUAGAGCACUUUGGCGACUGCAAAACCGCUAAGGCCCUAUAUGACGCUGUCGUUGCUCGCUACUCCUCACCUGCCACAGCCGAGCUUAGCCGUCUCAUGCUGCCUUACCUGUUCCCUGACCUGUCCACCUUUGCUACAGUCGCCGAUCUUAUCACCCACCUUCGCACUAGUGAUGCUCGCCUGCGUGCCGCCCUUCCCACCGAGUUCUGCGCUAAGAACCCCCCUCCCCUGUACUGGACACUCCACUUCAUAGUCACCCGUCUCCCUGACACCCUCAGCUCAGUGCGCGACUAUUUCCUUGCUCGCUGUCCCACUGAGCUCACUGUCGCCCUCCUAGAGGAGAAGCUGCUAGCAGCCGAGAAGAGCAUUGUGGCUGUUGGUGCUGCUCGCGGCGCUCCUCGCACCCCCAUCUUUGAGGGGUGCUCUCCCUCUCCCCUCGCUCCCUCCUAUGCUACUGCUGCUGCUGUUGACUUCCUUGGCGGUGCUGGAGGGAGCGGUGGCGGGAGUGCCGGUGGGAGUGGGGCCGGCGGCGGAGGCGGGGGCGGCGGCGGGAGCAGUGGCGGUGGUGGCAGCGGCGGCGGUGGCGGCGGUGGCGGUAGUGGCGGUGGCGGUGGCGGUGGUGGCGGUCGGAGCGGAGGUAGUGGCGGCGGUGGAGGUCGGAGUGGAGGCACCGGCUCGGGCCAGAGCUCCCAGCAGCAGCAGCGUCCCCAGUCGACCCAGCAGCUUCGUGAGUGGCUUGCUCAGCGUGGGACGUCGGGGGGCAGUGGCCGCUGUUCCUAUGUCAUUCGCACAGGUGAUCGCAAGGGGCAGACGUGUGGAAAGUUCCACACUCAGUACCGCUGCUUCUUCCGCCUUGACGACGCUUGGCGUGAGGAGAUGGGCGAGGAUGUUGAGCGCCCUCGCUGGGCUGAGCUGAUGAGGGCUGGUGUUGAUAUCUUUGCUCUUGACUAUGAUGCUAUUAUUGCUGCCAUCUAG